UUAGCUGAACGCGGAGAGCGUUCCUGUGCCACCUUUCUGAGCCCGUCAGCUAGUCUCCACGCGCGGUUACGCACAGUUCUUAAAGUUCGUGCGCAGAAUGUCAGGUUCAUGCAGAUCUGCAGUAGGAAGCAGGAGAAGUGGAUCCAGUGCUGUCUCAACUGAGUAGGAGGGCAGUAGCUCUGCAUGUAGACUCCAUGCUUUUAUUGUGGGGACAUUCCUGGGAGACUACCAAAGAAGCUGAAAGGUCUAGGCAUUUGUUGGUCCCAGCUUUCUCUAAAGCCCAAGAAAGCUAUGGGAUCCACUGUUAAGAACCCCACCAUUUCAGAUUACUCGGUGGGUAGUGUGAAGGGGAACAGACCAAAGUGAAAACUCUGGACAUUAUGUGUAAAAAAAACAUAAGAAGACUCUGAAAGGUGGAGAGAAAGAGACCAGCUAGGGACUUUGGGAUCUAAGGAAACAAGAAGCAGGGAAGGCCUCUACCCAAUUAGUAAAAGUAUCAACCCAUACCAACAGAUGUUGGAAUUCCUUUGACCUUGGCAUACCACAAGGCCUGUGACAUUAUGGUUCCUCAAUGGUGAUACCUUCAGAUAUUCAUCAACCUCAUGGAAAAUUUUGUAUAAUUGGCUGCAAAUAGAAGAUCAAGCAAAAUAAUCUGCUGUGCAUUGCAACCUAGGAGGUGAAUCAAUCUUCCAUUUAGAGGUAAGAAAAAGUACAAUGGAAUGGGAAAAUCAAACCAUUCUGGUGGAAUUCUUUCUAAAGGGGCUUUCUGAUUACCCAAGGCUUGAGCUACUCUUUUUUGCACUAAUCUUAAUAAUGUAUGUUGUCAUCCUUCUGGGCAAUGGCACCCUUAUUUUAAUCAGCAUCUGGGACUCCCACCUUCACACCCCUAUGUACUUCUUCCUGGGGAACCUCUCCUUCUUGGACAUCUGCUACACCACCACCUCCAUUCCCUCCACUCUGGUAAACUUCCUCUCAGAAAGAAAGACCAUAUCCUUCUCUGGCUGUGCAAUACAGAUGUUCCUUGGCAUGGCCAUGGGGACAACAGAGUGUGUGCUCCUGGGCAUGAUGGCCUUUGACCGGUAUGUGGCUAUCUGCAACCCUCUAAGAUAUCCUGUCAUCAUGAGCAAGGAUUCCUAUGUGCCCAUGGCAGCUGGGUCCUGGUUUGCUGGGGUUAUCAACUCUGCAGUGCAAACUGCAUUUGUGAUACAAUUGAACUUCUGUAGGAAUAACAUCAAUCAUUUCUCUUGUGAAAUUCUGGCUGUCAUGAAACUGGCCUGUGCUGACAUCUCAGGCAACGAGUUCAUCAUGGUUGUGGCCACGACAUUGUUCACACUGAUGCCCCUGCUUUUGAUUGUCAUAUCUUACUCAUUAAUCAUCUCUAGCAUCCUGAAGAUCCGUACUUCUGAGGGGAGAAGCAAAGCUUUCUCCACCUGCUCAGCCCACCUGAUUGUGGUGAUAAUAUUCUAUGGAACCAUUCUCUUCAUGUACAUGAAGCCCAAGUCUAAAGAGACACUUAAUUCAGAGGACUUGGAUGCCACUGACAAAUUGAUAUCCAUGUUCUAUGGAGUGAUGACUCCCAUGAUGAAUCCUUUAAUCUACAGUCUCAGAAACAAGGAUGUAAAGGAGACAGUGAAACAUCUAUUUAACAGAAGUUUCUUUAGCAAGUGAAUGGAAAAGAUGAUUGAAUUGUGAAUACAUUGGGCAUUGUUAAAGGUUUAGAAUUAUGUUGGAAUUUUGGUUACUUUUUCUUGUUUUGAACUUUCACAUAUUACUCAACAAUUUUUAUGAUGACAUACAGCAUUUCAAUAUUAUGUCAUGCUCACUAUAGAGAAUUUGCAAGAUACAGGACAUAGGAUGAAGAAAAUAAAGAGAUCACUUAUUACUCUAACUCUAGGAGAUGGCUUUCAAGUAUUUAACAAUAUAUUUUGUGUUCUGUACAUACCUCAAUAUUGGAAUUGGGUAUUAUAUGUCUUUUUAUGUUCACCUUUAUACAUAGUCCUAUUUCAUACACAUUAUUUCAUCAAAUCUUUCAAAAUAAGUAAGUUCUCUGUUGUGAGAAAAACAAAACAGAAAAUCCCCCAAACUGCACCCACAUUCUCCAGUGGAGAGCCUUGUGACAUAGUUUCACAUUAAUC